UCCCCACGGGGCGGGGCGCACGCCGAGGCCGUUGCCGCUGUGGGGGCGGGGGAAGGAGCGAGCGUUGUUCGGGAGGGCUCUGGGCGCCGCGCGGCUCCGGCAGGGCAGUGCUGAGCCACGCCGAGCCGCGCCGCGCCGGCCCCGCUGUGGUGGUGCCGCCGAGCUCCGCGCUCUGCUCCAGCGGCUCCCUUCCGCGGCGGCUCCUUUCCCGGCGGCCGCCCCUCUCCUUCUCUCUGCCCCCCUCCCGCUGCGAGUAGCCGGGGCCUCCUCCAUGCGGGAGAAGAGGAGGAGGUGGGAGCUGCUCGCCGGCCAUCCCCGGCGCCCGGCAAGUCGGAGUCGACCCGCCGCCGCGCCGCUCCUGCCGCAUCUCCCCACGGCGAGCAACCGGCGCUAAGCCCUGCCUGCCGCGCCGCCCCAGCCUCCCUCCGUCUAGAUCCCUCUUGUCCGUACCCCACCUUUCUUUUUCCUUUCAUUUCCCCCCCGCCACACACUUUGGUUCUCACCCUGGCUGCGAGCAAAGUGUCUUCAUGAGCGCAGAGGAUGUCCGGGAAGCACUACAAGGGGCCUGAAGUCAGUUGUUGCAUCAAAUAUUUCAUCUUCGGCUUCAAUGUCAUUUUCUGGUUCCUUGGCAUAGCAUUUCUUGGGAUUGGAUUGUGGGCAUGGAAUGAAAAGGGAGUGCUGUCCAAUAUCUCCUCCAUCACUGACCUAGGAGGCUUUGAUCCAGUUUGGCUCUUCCUAGUGGUAGGAGGAGUUAUGUUCAUUUUGGGAUUUGCAGGAUGCAUUGGAGCUUUACGAGAAAAUACCUUUCUUCUCAAAUUUUUUUCUGUGUUUCUUGGAAUUAUUUUCUUCUUGGAGCUCACUGCUGGUGUUUUAGCAUUUGUUUUCAAAGACUGGAUAAAGGAUCAGCUUUAUUUCUUUAUAAACAACAACAUCAGAGCAUACAGAGAUGACAUUGAUUUGCAAAACCUCAUAGACUUCACACAGGAAUAUUGGCAGUGCUGUGGGGCUUUUGGAGCUGAUGACUGGAACCUUAAUAUUUACUUCAAUUGCACAGAUUCCAACGCAAGUAGAGAGCGCUGUGGUGUGCCAUUCUCUUGCUGCACUAAAGACCCUGCCGAAGAUGUUAUUAACACUCAGUGUGGCUAUGAUGCAAGGCAAAAACCAGAAGUUGAUCAGCAGAUUGUUAUCUACACUAAAGGCUGUGUCCCUCAAUUUGAGAAAUGGUUGCAAGACAAUCUUACCAUAGUUGCUGGUAUAUUCAUUGGGAUAGCAUUACUGCAGAUAUUUGGGAUAUGCUUAGCCCAGAAUUUGGUUAGUGACAUUGAGGCUGUCAGAGCCAGCUGGUAAAACUGCUGACGUAACCACAAGAAGACACUGGACAACCGAAACCCUCUGAAACCUCCAGUGUAUCGCUCCGACACCAAGCUGUAUGGACAUGGGUGACAGGGAAGUCUUCUCUCCCAAGUAGUCUCAAGUAUAAGUUCCUGAUAUUGCAGUGAACUCAUGUUUCUUUGGGGUGGGGGAGAGAAGAGUGGGCUAUUUAAAACCUGCUGCUCACUGACAGUUCUUUUUCUUUUAAACCACCAGUUUGAAAGCUCUUGAGCCGUGAAUCUCUACUGUAUUCUUGAUCCUGAGUAACAAGUGGACACUUUUUUAAAAUUGGUGUAUUCAGUGGGACAGAUUUGCAUCGUUGUAGUCUGUGGAUAUGCUGUUUAUUCUUCGUGUCAUGAGCUCUUUGAUAGCUGCCAAAUAUUCCUGAGAUGGUCUCUCUCUUCACCACUCUGUAAAGGAACAAUCUUGUUUUCACAGCUAAACAUAGCUACAGGCCUAAACCCAUCGAGCAGGAAGCAACUUUCUAUGCAUCUAUUGUACAGUAAAAGAGAUUGUUUUUAAAACAAGGGAAAUUUUUUUUUUUUUUACAUAAGCUUCCAACCAUCUCCCUGUAGUACUUUGAGGUUGGAAUCGGCAAGCUCACAGGGAGAAUUGCCUAAUUUUAUUGACAUCUUUCUUCCUUCUCCACCCUUGUAUGAAGGGAAAGGAGUUUUGUAUUUGACAAACAAGGGUUGAAGAGCCUUUGGUUGCUGCCAUACCUUAGGACAUCAGUCUCUUAAGGCAAGGAUGGAAUAUAACUGUAUAAAUGUAUGAAAGAAGUGUGAAUGUUGGGUCCAAGUGAAUAAUAUUAUUCAAAGAAUGAAUGAUAUAUUAACUUAAAAAAAAAAAAAGAAAACAUAUGUAUUUGAGAUGGCUAAAUCUUUUGUUUUUCUGGAAUUUAGUGUAACCUAAUGUAUUUAGGGAUCUCACUAAUAUUAGUGCUUUGAUAUAUUUGUGCAAAACUUCUUUUUUGGUCUGUUCCUAGCUGAGGCUUUGGUCUUUCAUUUUUCUUUUUUCUUUAACUCUUUUUACUUGCAUGAGCUGUGGAGUAAGAAUCUGUGACACUCCAGUGCUUUAAAUAUGUGCAUAUGUUUUAGUACAGUCUAUUCCAAACUUACUAGUAAAUGCAUGUGAUUAUGGAAAGAUCAUACCCAUUCCCUUGGAAGUUGGAGAGAACACCUUUUGCCAGAGUAAAUGCUUACUGCCUGUGAACAAAUCCUUGCUAUGAAGAUGUGUCUCCCUUUGUUGCUCUAAAUGCAACAAAAAGCUUUCUUGAAACAAUGGAAUCAAAGUUUUAAAGUAGAAGUGUGUAUUGGGAUCAGCCAAGGCAGACUCUUUGAAUUGGACAGAAGAGAGUAGAAUUUGGAUAAAGCACAAAUAGUGGAAGAAGAAUUAGAUCAGACUCCAUCCAUCUUAAAGUUUUUGAUUUGUUCUUCUUCACUAAUAGUGAACUUACAAAGCUGACCAUGGCUUGAGUAGUUUUAUUGCACUUUGUAUUAAUAUAUCUUGUUGUAUGACCUUUCUCAGUAACUGCAGAACCAGUCCUGAAAGCUGUGAGCUCUUGGCUCCUGCUUUGGUCAGGUGGUGGCAAAGAGUGUGUAGCACCUCUUUGUAACAGCUUAGCGUAUUUCUGAAAUGAGUUUUCUAAAAUGAAGUAUGUGGAUUAGAAGAGAUGAAUGCAUUGCUUUCAAAGCUUCCCUGUUCUGGGGAAUGGUUAGAAGGCUGGUCUGAUGACCUAUUAAGGUCCUUUCAGGCCCUAUGACUCUUAAACCAUGAUAGUAUAUGUACCCUUGCACAUUUUGCCUUUCUGUGCUUUAGUCGUCUGUAGUAUUUUCCCUUCUGAAUGCUGGUGGUAGGCACACCAGUGUUCCACAGAUGCCUCAGACAGUCCUGUUGUCCUCCUGUCUUUGAGCAUUACCUCAUCUUCUUCUGGUUAACUCCCACUGACUGGCUCUGAAUCAGGCAGCCGCCAUAUCCUUUGGUAUCUGCUGUUAAAGGCCAGUUAUGACUCAGUAAUUUUUUAUUUUAUUAUUUUUAAGCCUUUGAAAGCAAUUAUAAAUCACUGUCCUUAAUAAAGUUGGUUCCACCUCACCGCAGUGUUAUGUUUUUCUUAGCCACUCCUAACUUGAGGAGUUACUGGUGUUUGUUUCCCCACAAAGGGACACACCAUUUUGCCUGGUAGCAGCAGGGCAGACUGAUCAUCAGCACCAGUGUUACUGCACUGAGACAAAAUGGUGUGGGGAGAAAUCAGGGAAGCGUGGUUGAGGAACUAACCCAUCCACCUCAGAUCCUUGAUUGUGACCCAGUGCUUUGGUUUGGAGAAAAAGGAAAAAUAAAGCCUACAGUACAGAAACAUUCCUUGUUGCCACUGGUCUUGAGUGCUGCUGUUGCUGCUGUGGGCUUCUGAAGACAACUUAAUUUUUCUACUUGAAUUUCUGCAGUUGUACUGUACUGGCCUUCUGUCUUGUCACGCUGUUCUGAGUUCCAGUCUGCUGGACAUGCUGUUGGCAGUGUCAGACUGAUAGGAAGGUAAACGCUCUGAGGUGAGCAAAUCUUGUUCUCACACACAAAUGUGCAACACUUCUGCUGAGUCCCAGAAAGACUGACUGUUCUCAUAAAAACCACUAAAUAACUCAUUUUUCUAGAGCUUGAUCUAUUGCUGCAGAUGCUGAUACUUCUCCCUUCCCUGCUCCCAAGAGAAGCUCUUAUAUUCCUCAUUUUUGCAGUUGUUUGAUGGUUGCAUACUGAAUGUUCAGGAUUAGCUGUCUAUAUUGCAUGUUUAAAUCCCACAUUUUUUGUCUACAGAUUGAGUAAGAUGUCCUAGAAAUGCCCCAUCAGCAGCUACUCAGCAGCUUAGGUGUCCAGUUUGGGAAGUUUGUGGGAGGCCUUGGGAAUCAAUCUAUUAUUGUCAGAGCCUGCCAAAUGCAAGCAAGCUUUCUUCCAGGAACUUUUGUGAAAACUUCAGGUGAGCUGCAACUAAAGCACAACUGCUGGCUAUGUGGGCUCAUUUUCUAAAGCAAUAAGAUACAGUAGGCAGUAUGACUUCUUGGCAGUUUCUGCCUGGUGUGGUGCUGGGGUAGAUUCAAGUUUGGAGGUCAGUCUAAUUAUCUGCAAUGCCCAGUAGUUGUUCAGAAAUUUGUUAUGAGGCCUGUGUGGAGUGUGAAAUAGCUCUGUUUGCUAGGCCAUUUGUAUGGGAUGGUGGCAUUGCUAACAGGAGGUCUGGUAGCUUCAGCAGUAUCCCUGGCUUUAAAGCCAUUUCCAAACUCCCCACUGAGCCCUGCCAAAGGGUAUCACAGUCCUUGCUCCUCUGCUUUCUAAAUGCUCUCCAUAUUCACAGGCCUUUCUUUAAUCUGUCUUUUUUUUUUUUUUUUUUUUUUAAAUCAAAUAGUCUAAUGGGCAAAUGUUUGAUUUGUCUCUGUGUGUCUGUUUCAGUAGCAGUAGGAUCUCUUUACUUCAAAACCAAUAAUUUUGAUUGUGCCCCUUAGAGUCUGAAGCUACAGAGAUGCUUGCUUAAGUGUACUCUGUGCUGAACGCCACCCUCUCUCCCCUUUGAGAGAGAUGCUAAUUGUAGUUCUGGUGUGUAAAUAAUGUUUGACAUGUAAAUAGUAGCAUGCAGAUUAAGUGAUUCUUGCACAUGACUGCUUUUCACCCUAGAAGUGUUUAUUAUGGAUACGAAAGGUGUCCAUCGUGAGAGUUUGCUGAAGAAAAGCGAGUGGUCGCUGAGGCUACACCUGACCCUGGAGGUGAGGCGGCAGUGCUUUCAUCGCCUGCCCUCUAGUGUCCGCCCAGCCGCCGUGCAGCGUGCAUCUGAGGGAGGUGAAGCCCUGGCCAGCCUGCCGGGCUCUGGUUAGCAGCAGGACCUUCCUUGCCUUUUCUCUUUGCUACUUGGCAGUAGAACAGCAUUAGACUGUAAAAUGGAGGGUCAGAGUCAGCACCCCCUACCAGUUAUGGCAGGUUGCCAUCACUUGUGGCAAGACUAAACAUGGUGCUAUAAGAACUGUCCUGAUGCUAAUCUGUGAUUUUACUACUUUAGACAUGCCCUUGGUAAAAUUGAUUCUGAUUAACAAUGUUGGUUACAAGAGAAACUCUUAUGUGAAUUUCUGUUUCCCUUCUUGUGGUGUGUGCCUUUUGGGUACAUUGAAAUGACAGUUCUGCAAAUACCUAGGAAGGAGAUUAGAUCUAAACAGGUGUCAAGCACCAUUGAAGGUUCCAGUUCUCCCUCCCAUUUUUGUCUUCUCUCUGAAGCUUUUUCAGAUACCUGUAAUUGGUCAUGAAACUGUCUAAAGCAAACAAAACAAAACUCACCUGUUGGAUCUGUUAGAUACCAAAUUUUGCCACUUGAAAAAAUAAAAUAAUCUGUCUCCCUUAACAUGCAGUAUAAAAAUAAGUGUUGUGACUCCCAGCGUGCACCAGGUAGCACUGCUAGUUGUCUUUUGUGUUUUGACAAUAUAGAUGUGUUAA